UACUUUUGUUUCUAUUUUUUGUCUGAGAAACCGCCCACCAUUGGCUCCGUGGGUGGAUUUGAGGCCUUGAAAUUCAGGACAACCUCCCGUGGCGGGUGACGUCAUCAGCCCUAGAUGAUGACAUCGAGCAGAUGAUCUCCUGCACCAUUGGAAACUUCUUGCGCUGAUCGUCAUCGAGCCAGAUGCUACCAGAGAGCCAAAUCAUCUAGAUCAUCAACUUUCUCUAAUACUACUACUUCACUAAGCAAUUGACAAGCAAUCUCUUCAGAGUCUUAGCUCUACUUCCCCACACUUCAUCAAACUCAAUUCCAUAUCCACAUUGCAACCAUGGAGUCUUUCGACAAAGCCUGGCACACAGCCGCCGACGCCCUCAGGCACGACUACCGGUCCUCCGAACAGCAAUGGACCCAGCACGGCAAGGAGCCAAUCGCCGGAAUCCAAGGCAGAGGAACCGCUACUGAUCCUUACGAUGCUGGAAACCGUCUUGACCAACCCGGCGCUCCUCAAACCCAAGAGAACACAGCUCUCGUCCCUGAGGCUCUUUCAUCGAUUACUCCAGCCGACCGCUCCUCGAGUCUCAAGUCCAGCAACAGCAAGGCAGCAAGUGGCCCAGCCGCUAUGCAACCCGAGUUGAACCCCAUCGGCGAAACCGCCGCAAAGUACGAUUCCCAGCCACACCGAGUCCCAGAACAGAGGAGCCUGGGAUCCAACCUUGACCGUCACAGCCAGCCCUCAGGUCUCACCCACGGCCACAGUGAUAAGACUACUGGACUUAACCAGGGUUCCUUGGCUGGCGCUGGCGCUGGCGCUGCUGCUGCUACUGCUACUGCUGCCUCUGGUGCCGGAUCUGGACACAAGAUUUCCACAGGUGGUCUCGGAGACGCAACAGCCGCCCAGACAUCUGCUCUCCCAUCUGAUUCCCACCAACAUGGUCUCAGACACACGGGUACUCUUGGAGGUGCAACUUCCGCUCAGACCUCAGCUCUCGGAGCAGACACUACUCACCCAACUGGCCUGAGACACCCCUCUACUCAGAAGUCCGGUCUAGACAGGGGCAUCGAGACAUCUGGUCUUGGACACACCACCUCCAGUACCGGUCAGACUUCCCCUAUGAAGUCGGCCCUGGAGAAAGACGCCCAGGAAACUGGUCUCAGACAGCCAGCUUCUACGACCCACAAGCCUGUUUUCGAAAAAGACACACACCCCUCCUCAGGUCUAGAAGGACCCCGGAACCUGGGCCCUACAACUAGUUACGGAGGAAGUGAGACUCAGAUCCCCGACCGGUCUUCCCAGGCCAUUGGCACCCACACCUCUACCUCCGGUCUAGAGGGAUCCCGGAAUCUGGGCUCUACCACCAGCCACGGAAGCCAGGCCCAAAUCCCCGAUCGGUCUUCUCAGUCCAUCGGUACUGGCAUCGAGGCCAGACAGCCCAGCUCCGGCAUUACAAAGGAACCAACCAGUACCGAAGCCAGACAUCCCAGCACUGGCAUCGCUGAAUCCGCGCCCCAGAAAUCUAAGUCUAUCACCGAGCAACGAACCUCAAGCACGACAACGGAGGGCCAAAGCAGCACUCAGAAGGAGUCUACGUCUAAGCCUACCAAGAAGGACGAUGAUGUCGAGCAAGUCGGUUUCACCCCUAAGACUGACCAUGUGAGCAAGGAGGCUCUUCGUGGGCCCUCCGUUGCUGAGCCCAGAGAGCACUGGAAGCAGGAUGAGAAGGUUGCUAGGGCCGAGGAUGACGGUAAGCCUGCUGCGGCAGCUGGUGAGCCUGGCGGUAGCAACAAGCAUGAAUCCUCGGACAAGAAGCAUUCUAAGGAUAGUUCUCAUUCGGGGGGCACUAUGGCUCAUAUUAAGGAGAAGGUGGAAAAGGUCAUCCAUCCCCAUAAGUCCUAAAAUCUAUAAUUGGCCUGCAGAUUGUGACGUGUGAUGAUUGAAACUUGAUGACCCAUUUGUGUAUUGUUAUUCUCGCGGAUUGGUUUAGUGUAUAGUCUGUACAAUAGUGGAAGGUUCCUUCUAGUUUCUAAGUCAAGU